AUGGAUCACCACAACCAGAAUUCCACAGUGGAAAGACUGCAGAUGACGGAUACAGUGCAGAGCACAGAAGCAGCCUGGUUUAGCCAAGGCAGUGCGAUUCCUCAGCACGAGCAAGCACUGUCCCAGCCCGUGUAUCUGAAAGCCCUGACCAUUCCUCUGUACCAGCCCGUCCAGGCAGGAUGCUUUCAGCCAAGCAGUCAGCUGGUGACGGGCAGGAGCUGUGUAAAUCUGGACAGCAGUAACAUACCUCUGAUCCUGAACCCACUUGUUUCUUCAGAAGGCACUGAUCAGCCUCGGUCAGUUUUUCAGAAACAACUUGGGCAAACUCUAACAUUGAACAUAGUGAGCACUUUACCAAUUUUAUCAUCACCAAAUUCUUGUGUAAAUGCAUCUAUGGGAAGCCCAGGAAAAUCAAAAAAUGCUGGGAAAUACAUCUGCAAACACUGUGGACGAGAUUGCUUGAAGCCAAGUGUCCUUGAGAAACAUAUCCGCUCUCACACAGGAGAGAGGCCCUUUCCAUGCACCACUUGUGGGAUUGCAUUUAAAACUCAAAGCAAUUUGUACAAACACAGAAGAACUCAAACACAUGUCAACAACACCAGACUGCCCUCAGACUCUGACAGCAGUGGCAUAUUGGAGCAGAAUGAGAAAUCAGCAGAGAGCACCCCCUCACCCCAAGGCAGCGCCUGUGCAGGCAGUGGGAUACAGACGAAAGAAAUGAGUUCAGAGACCAGUGCUGGAACAGACGCUAUGAAACUUCUUAAUGACCUUUCACUGCCAGCAACAAGCAAUUCAUCACUUGUUUCAGAAAAUCAAGAAACAACAAAUCAGUCCUUUAGUUCAAAGGCUAAUCAGGGGGCUCCUGAAAGAGAACCUCAAAGUUUAUCAUCUCCAGGAGCUUUGCCAAAUGGUCAGUACCAGAGGAAGAAGAUACAGGAGCAGAGAACUCCAACUGCCAAUAAGCAUAUUCAGUUGCAAAGGCAGCAAGCAACCUCUUCGGAGAAACAGUGGGAUUACAAGCCCUUUGACUGCAAGCUGAAGAAGUGUGAGAGCACUGACUCAGGGUAUCUGUCACGCUCCGACAGCACAGAACAACAGAUGGCAUCAUCCAGCCCGCUGCACAGUCUCUGUGAACACAGCACCGAGCUGGAAAAUGAAACUGCCUUCAGCAGCUUCAGGUGCACCUCCGGAAGCAGUGCAAAGCUAGAUGCAGCUGAGAAAGCUACAGCCUUGAUGCUAGAGAAAAAAAGGCUGGAAGAACACAUUUCAAAACUAAUUUCUCAUAACAAAAGUGUGGUGGAUGAUACCCAGUUAGACAAUGUUAGGCCCAGAAAAACUGUCCUUUCUAAACAGGGAAGCAUUGAUCUGCCAAUGCCUUACACGUACAAGGACUCUUUCCAUUUUGACAUCAGAACUUGUGAUGUAAAUAGGAAAAAGAAUAUUUCCCUUUGCUCAGCAAAAUCUACCUUCGCACCCCUAGAAAAAUGCAAGCCAAUGUUUUUUCAUUCAGUCCCCACCCAGUUCUCCACAACGAUAGAUACCGUGCCUGUUACACGAAGCAACUCUUUGCCGUUUGUGGAGGGCACAAGAAUGGUCCAUGACAAAGCAGGUUGCUCAAAACCACUUUCUCUUACUAAGCAGUCUGUAAAUACAGGCACUGUUAGUUUGCUGCCUAGCAACAAUCUUGCUGCAAAUUCAUUGGAUUUUCCCAACAGCCAUCCCCGAGCUUUAGUCAGACAAACGGCAGUGGAUGAUUUGCCACUAAGUAACGUGGUUGAUCACCCUCCCCCGCCCGAGGAGCUGCAAGGAAGUAAAAAGCUUGGGGCUGGAGAAGUAAUCAGUGCUAAAAAUAAGAAACACAAUCAAAAGAAGUUAAAGAUGUUCUCUCAAGAAAAAUGGCAAAUGUAUGGAGACGAAACGUUUAAGAAAAUCUACCAAAAAAUGAAAAACACUCAAAAUGCCAAGAAAAUUAAACAAAGAGGGAAUAAGAUAACGGGUAUAACAAGCUUCACUCCCGAUUCAAAGGAAUCAGUCAGCAGUACUGAAAUUACUGAGGAAAGAGAUGGCAGGAGCUCUGUAAGUGACAGUCUUUCCUCCCUUGUGACAACAGGUUUAAACACUGGUAAAUCAGAAACCUGUACUAACAGUAAUCAUAUUCUACAGAACGUGUCCUCUGAGGAAACUGCAGGCAGUGCGACCUACGUAAUGGAGACAUCACAUUCAGUAAAUGCUAGUGCACACACCGUAACGAGCAAAACUUCCCAAGACCUCAGUGGCAGUGACACAGAUAAAUACACAGAUGGCAACAGCACAUUAUCAGUGCCAAGCGCUUGUGAGCUCAGGCUUCAAAAUACUCCGUGUCAGCUGAACGCUGACAGAAGGAAUGAUGAGUGCUUGCCAGUACAGAGUAGCAAACGGGAAAAACCAAGCCUUGGGAAAGAAUCCAGUACAUUCAACAGAGAAGCCGCAGGGAAAUCCCAGAAUUUGCCAUCAGAAAGAAAAAAGCUGAAAUUCGAAGUGGAGAAGACACAAAACAUUAUCCCAAAGCCCUGCCCUAGUCCCAGUAGUGACAACAAUGCAGUAAACGAAGCAGAGAGUGUCUGUUGCACUAGCACUCAGUGUCUCUCCGCAGCACCAGUGAAAUUUUCCAGUAAAACAGAGGAGCAAAAAUCAAGCACAGGAAUUAAUGAAUCCAUUGGAGGUACUGAGAACGUGGAGUAUAUGAAAACAAUCAAAUUCCCCACAAAAGCUCUUAAUUAUAGUGAUGUUAACCUUCCUUCACAUUCAGCAGGUAUCUCAAAAGCUUCAUUUGUGGGAUUUUUAGGGCCUGAAUUAAGGGGAAGUGAUUGCAAUUCUUUUGCCUUGCACAGUGCAACAGAUAAAGAUGUCAAAACACAUCCUGUGAAAACAGGAGCAAAAGUACCACUUUUCACUGACAAUGCUGUUGAUGUGUCUUCUAAAAUUCAUCAUCUGCAAUCUGGUUGUUUAACUCCGGUCCCACAACAAAAUGCCUUUUCUCCAAAAUAUAUCCUUAAAUUGCCGCAAGACAAGAGAGCCUCAGAUUUGUCACUUUUGCUUAGAUCAGAAGAGAAGAUCACACCUUGCACAUCUGUGACAGACACCUUACCCAGCCCUCCCUGCUCUUCCCACUGCGGGUCACUCAGCUCUCAUUCUAAUGAUCUGUGCUGGUCUCCUUUAAAACUUGAAGUGAGACAGAAGGCCAGCAAAGGAGAGCUACGAUGGAACGUACAUGCAAACUGGAAAACUCCAGUAUUUUGUUCACCAGUCAAUUCAGAAACAACAAAUAUCUUAACCAUAGCAGAUAGCACUUUUUAUAACCAAAACAUCAGGCAGCAGGAUAGUGUAAGAGAUGCUUGGAAAAACAAACAGAACAAAAAUAAAUUAAAUUAUCAAAGGCAAACAGAAGAGAAGUGGAUGAGCAUAACAACUUCCUCUACUCAGACCCCAAAGAAGAAAAUAUGCUUUACUUCUAUGUAUGCAAGUGGUUUUUUCAUAUCAGCUGACAUCAAAGAAGAGAGGAAAGUUUUACAUCAUCUUUGCUCAGGAAGUGACUCUUUGAUAACCACGUCAGCUUCCAGCAAGGCUGCAGAGCCAGUGGUCAUGGGAUGGGACAGAGGUGGAAGUCCAUGCGUUCUUAAAGACACUUCACCAACACUGCAGGAUAUGCAGCAUGCUCAGAGCUCAACAGAAAACCCCAGUUACUUUUGCCAUUCUUUGGGCACUUUUUAUUGCCACGCUCUCACCACCAACUGCAAAGAAUUUCCAGUGCUACCCCACAAUAAUCUGACUUGCUGCUCUGGAAGUUUAACAGUGUCAAGCACGAAGAGCACCUUCCCAUCACUAAAUGCUGAACCUCGAUUGACCUGGUGUUGUUUAACAAGAAGCCUUCCUCUCCCUGCUGAGCAGAAGGGGAAUGCAGACUCUGCUUAUUCCUCCAUGCACACCUGCGACAAGGAAUCUAGCAAUGAAUGCACACUGUCAAAAUACGAUAUUUCUAUUUUCAAAAUGAAAAAUAUUAGCAGGACUGUGGCAUAUGGCUUAACAAACAGGAGUUUAAAAACAUUGGUUUCAUCCUUUUCUAAAGGACAACAGAUGCAGGAGUUAAGCUCAGCAGCUCCUGGUGGUGCUUUCAAAAAUAUUUCAGAGCAAAAGAAGAAGACAGUAGUUUGCAAAAAGGAAAAACUCUCAACAAAUAAACUCCAGAGGAAUCACAAACAGAAAAAGAUUAAAGUCACCCCAAAAUGGUACAGAGGGAGGCCCAUACAUGGAUAUGCUCAGGUGAAAAUUAACCGACUAAGCAAGCGACACUAUUUUCCAAAUAGAACACCGGAUGCUUUGAAAAAGGGCUAUUCAUCACAACCCUGUAAAUUUAAUAAGUAUAAGAAGUGCCAUUCUCCUCAAUCAAAGGUACAAGAAAAUUACCUACACCCGCAAAAAGAUACAUUGUGUUCCACCUCAGACAAGCCACUUCGCAGAAGGAAAAAAGAAGGAAAGAAUAACUCAGGAAUAUUUUCCCAUACUGAAAAUCUAAACCAUGUUAAACAAAAAGACACAAUGGAUAAAAAAGACAUUUCUGGUCAAAUCAGGGAACACACAGGAACAAACUUCUCGUUUCAGAACAUUACAGCCCCUCUGGAAAUAUCUAUGACAGCUCAUUCCUUUUCAUCCACAGUUAAUACAGCCAUGCAGCAAGUCAGCAGCGAUGUGGAAAUCUGCUGUUUAGUGACACAACCCCUGAUGCUUCAGCCAUCGGUGCCAGGGGAGUCACAGCCAAACAUUCAGAGUGACUCAACGGCAUCUUCUUGUUGGUCUUGCCCUUUUGAUUUUACAAAUACAGGCACGGGUGACCAACUUGACAGCACAAACUCAGAGACUACUGAUCCUCUUUCUGUACAUCUAGAAGCAAGCCAGGAAAACAUACUAAAUGCAGAGUCAGCGAGUCAAAGAUUUGGUAUGUUAGACCCAGUGACCCAGGCCUCAGGAAGAGAGAAACCUCCAGUUGAAGAAAACACAUAUCCAUCUCCAACAGAAAACUCAGCUCCCAGUUCCCAGCCUGAAUGUUCACGUUUAUUCGGAUCAAAAGCAGAGUCUCUUCCUGAGCCAGCCACAAGGGCUAAGGUACCCAGCAGAGAAUCCACAGAGCAGGCAAACUUUUCUCAAAAAAUCCUUGACCAUCAUGGAAGCGCAGACAGGAAUGGAACCCACCUGCAGUCAAGUAGCUAUGGAAGGCGACGCGAAACAGCUGCUACUACCAUUAAAAAGCCCCCAGACACUCCCAGGUCCCCCGAGUUCAACACAUACUCUGCAACACCUUGCAAGACGUACAAAAAGAGAGGUUUAGAGAUGAUGAGGAAGCAAACCAGAGUUGAGUAUGACGACACUAGCAGUGAUGAUGAAGAUAGGCUUGUUAUAGAAAUAUAG